GGUAGAGGACAGGGCCAUUGAGACACCUGGCAGUCAGGACUCAGGGCUAAGGCACCAUCUUAUCGGGGCAGCCUGGAAAUUGCCGUUAGCUUCGGUUAGCUUCAGCUAACAGCUGUUGGCGCAGGCGCAGCUCGGAUCCCAGUCCCGUGAAGAGUCAAACUUCUUCCUAUGGUCAGAGAGAAAUCGAACCCGCAAGCUAACGAGCUAACCGCUAACACCACCCUUCAACUAGUUUUAGCCGCUAGCUCCAGCAGCGACAUUUAUCCUAACGUAGCUACCGGCGCUAACGAAGCUAGCGGACGUGGCGGAGCUAGCGGGGCUAAAGAAGCUAACGGAGCUACCGGUGCUAACGACUCGCAGGUUCUGCGUAAAAACGAGACGGUGUCAUCGGCGACUGAGGAGAAACUAGUAGGUGUGAAGACGUCCAGGUGGACCAGGUGUCCCAGGUGGAGCUGAGCCAUGCUGACCUAGGACCAGCCCAGAGGGGUGAGUUAGUUCAGUGUGAGCCGUCCACAGACCGAGACCAUGUCAGACAACCAGGCCAACAACAACAACCACGUCCCCCUGAACAACAACAACAACAACAACAUGGGGCCCAACCGGAUCAGGAACCCCAACAUCAACCAGAACCCCCUCAUCAACGUCCGGGACCGCCUCUUUCACGCCCUUUUCUUCAAGAUGGCCGUCACCUACGCUCGCCUCUUCCCCCCAUCCUUCAGGAGAGUCUUUGAGUUCUUCGUCCUGCUCAAGGCCCUCUUCGUCCUCUUCAUCCUCGCCUACAUCCACAUCGCCUUCUCCCGCUCUCCCAUUAACUGCCUGGAGGUGGUGAGGGAGCGUUGGCCUCGUGACGGGAUCCUCAGGGUGGAGAUCCAGAGGAACUCAAGCCGAGCCUCCGUCUUCCUGCAGCACUACGACUCCUCGGCUCUUCAGGAGGAGCAGGAGGAGGAGGGAGUUGGACCAAUGGUGGCAGGACUCAGCCUGGCAGCGCUGCAGGACGAAGACGAGGACGAAGAAGAGAUGACGAUGGACAUGUUUGACAACAGUUCAGUGCAGUUUGAGCUGGACAUGGAGCCUCGUCUAAAGCCGUCUCUGAUUGGAGGAGGUGUUGGAGGAGGAGGAGGAGCCAACCAGACCACUAAAGGUAUGAAGAAGGAGGCGGAGUCUGAGCUGGAGAUGAUGACUAGAGCAGUGUGGCCUCAGGAGGAGUACAUUGUGGAAUAUUCUCUGGAGUACGGGUUCCUGCGUCUGUCUCAAAGCACCAGACAGAGACUCAACAUUCCCGUCAUGGUCGUCACUCUGGAUCCCAUGAAGGACGAGUGUUUUGGAGACGGCUUCAGUCGCUUCCUGCUCGAUGAGUUUUUGGGCUACGACGACAUCCUGAUGUCAAGCGUGAAGGCGCUGGCUGAGAACGAGGAGAACAAAGGGUUCUUGAGGAAUGUGGUGUCUGGAGAACAUUACCGCUUCGUCAGCAUGUGGAUGGCUAGAACCUCGUACCUGGCAGCAUUUGUCAUCAUGGUCAUAUUUACUCUGUCGGUGUCCAUGCUGCUCAGAUACUCUCACCACCAGAUCUUCGUCUUCAUCGUUGAUCUUCUCCAGAUGUUGGAGAUGAACAUGACCAUCGCCUUCCCAGCAGCCCCUCUGCUCACCGUCAUCCUGGCCCUAGUAGGGAUGGAGGCCAUCAUGUCGGAGUUCUUCAACGACACAACGACGGCGUUCUACAUCAUCCUCAUUGUGUGGUUGGCUGACCAGUACGACGCCAUCUGCUGCCACACCAACACCAGCAAACGCCACUGGCUGAGGUUCUUCUACCUGUACCACUUUGCUUUCUACGCCUAUCACUACCGCUUCAACGGGCAGUACAGCAGCCUGGCGCUGGUCACCUCCUGGCUGUUCAUCCAGCACUCCAUGAUCUACUUCUUCCACCACUACGAGCUGCCGGCCAUCCUGCAGCAGAUCCGGAUCCAGGAGAUGCUGCUGCAGAACCAACAGGCAGGUCAGAACCAGAACCAGAACCAGACCCAGGCCCUGCAGGACAACCUCAACAACAACAACAGUGCUGCUGGACCUGGACCUGGACCUGGACCUGGACCUGGACCCGGAUCUGCCGAUGCUCCCCAACCUGGACCUGGUGGCACCGCCCAGCCAGGGCCUCAGGCCGACCCCCAGCCCCCCCCCUCCUCUCCAGCAGCAGCAGGAGGAGCAGGAGGAGCAGGAGGAGGAGGAGGAGGAGAGGUGAGGGCGGAGCUGAACUGGGUCGCUCAGACAGCCGCCAUCAUCACUGAAUCUCUGUCCUCCUCCGGUGACUCAGGAGCAGGAGGAGCAGGAGGAGCAGGAGGAGGAGAAGAUUCAAAAGAUGUUUCAUCAGAAAUGAAACCUCCAGCACUAGGAGAUGGUUCUUCACCCACUCCUCCAAUCAGAGUGCUCCAGAUGUCAGGGGCGGGGCCAUCAGAGGCAGCCCCUCCAAAGACAGAGAGCCCCCCCCCACAGAGUCCAGGUACAGACUGCAGAUCACCUGAGCUAAGCUCCUCCCAGCUGUGACAUCAUCUCACCUGUCUGACACUGUGCCUCAGUCUCUCAGCUGAUUGAUCAGCUGAUCUCUGACCAGUCAGCUGAUCAGAACCAGACCUGCGUAGUCACACCUGCCUUUUAUUCGGAGUUUUAAACCAACAUCUAAUAAUUGAUCGUCAGCUGAUCUCCAAGUCGACGUGAUGGAGUCAAGAUGAUUGACAGAAUAAUUAAGUUUCUAUUUUAGUUUUUGUUUUUUUUGUUGUUGUGAAUUUUUGAUUCUGGUCCAAAAUGUUCAGAUUAAACUGUCAGAGAGAAAAAGUUUCAGACAAGUUUGUCCCAAAAAGACACAAGGAGGAGGAACCAGAAGGAUGUGGUCUCAAUCAGCUGAUUGGUUGGUUGGUUGAAUCUAGAAAUGUCAGAAAUGAGUGGAGGUGAUAAACAGGAGUUGAUUCAUGUUUCGCGUGAGUUGGACAUCUUGAGUAACAGCUGAUAAUGAAUCAUCUCUAAUUCAUUAAUUAAUUAACCCUCUCUCAGCCGAACCUGCAGACAGGAAGUACACAGAGAGCUCGUAACCAUGGUGACCAGUUAUUGUUGGUUCUGAUUGUUCUGAUUGUGACUGAAGCAGGAACUGGAUCAGAAACCUCCCCCUUGAUCACAUGAUCAGCUGAUCAGAGUUAAUCAAAGAAAUGAUAAUUAUAUAUUUGUUUACUGUUGUUGUGAAGGAGGCGGAGCCUGAGUGUGACUAAUCAGACAUGGACUGAACCAACCUGGUGGAUGGGGGGGUUUGGGAGGGUUUGGGGGUGGGGUUUCUUCUUGGUGCCUCUCUCCUGGAGGACUGUAUCCUCGAUAGUUGAUCUGAAGCCUGAACUCAUUAAACUGUAUCUAAGUGUCCAGUAAAACCAGUAAAACAUCAGCUGUUUGACAA